UUAGUAACAACGGGUCGUUCGUUCAAUCGUUAUGAUGUGGUGACAAUCUCGAAUGCGUCCGGCAAUAAACAGCGAUGUUUGUUCUUAAUGUCUGAUCAGGUGAUCGUCACAAGUGUCCGACGGAAAUCACCCGCUACGAGAAGUGGACGGAGUUCCGCACCGCUGUUCCAGUCAACAGAUUUCUUGGAUAAUAAUCGUUUCAAAUUACUCUUCAAAAUCUCACUUGAUGAUAUCGAAAUAAGUAAAGAUUCACUUUCACUUCUACAGACCACUGAAUUGAAACUUCAAAUAGCACAAGAAGACGUGAAUAUUCUCAACAAAAUGAUCGAACUCUCAAAAUUGCUCAAAAAUGAGCAUAAUUCAUUAAUAACAAUGUUAGACAAUAUGCGUACAGAACGAAUGCAAGAGCUACGCAAAUUCCAAGAGCAGUUGACAUCAGAUCCUGAACUGACCACUGUUUACCUUCAAGUUACAACGAUCAACGGUAUCGAGUCAGUAACAAUUCAUUUCUCGAACGCAGACAAACGUGCGUUAUGGGAAAAUGCUCUGAUGGAGGCAAAGAAUGCUUUGAUGAAUUCAUUACAAAAUGAUCAAGCACCGAGCCAUCUAAGAUCAAUUGUCACGCAUCGAACAAGACCUGGUCUAACAUUUUCGGUAGCGACUGCAACACUUGGUAAGAGUAUUGAAGGUGGUGCGCCGAAUGUGUGGGUUUGUACGGCCGAUAAGUUCUCAGGGCAAAUCGCCGUCGUGAAUGUGAACGGUGAACCAACAAUCGAGAGCAGCACCGGCAUCGGGAAUGCUUCAAUUGUUGCCAUUUGUGCCGUGCCUUCGCCCAGGAAGAAGAGGAAAAUUUCCACAAAGCAAACGUCAGUCGAUGGCCCAAGUAGCGAGGUACCUGGGUUAGAAUUGGACAGCAGUUCAUCAGAUUCCGAUGACUCGGAUUCAGACUCCUCUCGACGUAAUGUACAAUCGACCAUAUGGAUCGGUAAUGACGAUGGCGAGAUAUUUGUAUUCAAUUAUUUGGAUAAUGUACGAUUGAAGUCACGUGAAAAGAUGACGCGAUUACCAUUACCAAUUGAUGAUAUUGUUUAUGUGGACGAGCGAGUUUUUGUUUCGUUAUCAUCCGCAUCGCACAUUCAACUAAUUUAUUUCCAACGUUCCAGAGAAGGUAACUGGGAUAUGGAAAACUCGAAGAAGGUGCAACUCGACUUAAAGGCGAGAUUACGACCGAUGAUCGCGGUCGUGUCGAGAUUGUGUCUAGUAUCGGCUAAUUCAAUAUACCUCAUCAAUCCAUCAACCACUAAAAUUGAGAAAAAAGCUGAAGUGAGUUCGUAUCCAUCAGAGACAGUUUCGUGUAUGGCAUCGCAUGGAUCGACGAUAUUUGUAUCCAUGAAUAAAUCGAUCUCAGCGCUUCUCUGUUGUAAAAAUCGACUCUGGAUCGGCACAUCAGCGGGUAUCGUUCUCAAUACGAAUAUUGCAAGUACCAAAACAAACUGGACACCAACGUUUAAUGUAUGUAAAGCGGGUCACAUAGGUCCAUGUCGUUUUCUGACAGCUGUGUCAGUUUCGUCAUCGAUGAUGCUCUUCGAUAUGCGAAGACGGAGGAUGUCGUUGAAUGCUCCCUCAUUGCAUGAUCUCGAUCAGGUGGUCGUAAUAAGCGGUGGUGAAGGUUACAAUAAUAACGAUUCGGAGAUAAACGACGAGAAAACGUCCAUCGAUGACGCAGUUAAUCAUCUGCUUUUUUGGACUGCAUAA